ACUAAAAAACUAGCUACCCCUCCCCUCUCUCUCCUUCCUUCCUUCCCACACCAACAACCCCCUUCCUUGGGCUUUCUCUGUUCUUUUCUUUUUUUUUUUACUUUCUUUCUUUUGAAGCUUUUGUCUUCUCACCUGAAACAUAGACCUUCUUUGCUUUCAACCUCUUCUUUUUUUUUUACAACACACUUACGGGAAACCCGGCUUUGAAAGAAUCUUCUUCGCCUUUUUUGACAAAAGUCCAGUCCAGUCCCUUCAUGACGCCAUGAUCUCGCAAAUGUCUCGAACUAUUCAUCCAAGCAAUACACUGUCGAGUAAUGACGAUGGAAGCAGUGACCUGAGUCAUUCGUCAUCUGCUUUGACCAACACCUCACGGUCAACCUGGAAGGCAGUGGGCAGUCCGCCUCGAGCUAUUGGUGGUGGUGGUAAUAAUGGACGACAAAGCCUUCUUUCACAGUCUCAAACAAACAACAGCAACAAUGCCUCGACAACAACAACAACUACUACGACGACGACGACGACAAACGCACCCAACAGCACUUCAACAAUCAACAACAACAACAACUUUGACUAUUCUCGUUCCAUGACCGGUAACAAUACGAACAGUGGUGUCACCGCUACCACACCAGAUCACCAUCAUCCAUCUUCCCUCAGCUGGUUCCAACAAGAUUAUGCUUUCCCACCGGUCCGCAGAAACUCAGCAGUAAGCACCGCAGCUGCCGCCGCUGCCGGUCCUCCUCCUCCUUCUACUCCAGUAGUAGCAGCAGCGCCCUGGGCAACCACUACCACAACAACAACAACAACAACUGCUACUCUUCCUACACCUCCACCAUCCAUUUCGGCUUGUUCAAACGCCUUUUUCCCUCCCCCUCCGCACCCUACCGCCGCUGACCGUCGCUCAUCCUUGAACGAGUACCCCGAUAUUGCUUCGGUGCCCAUGCUGCCCGAGGUUUCGACAGAGCCGUUUUUUAGAGAACACCGCAGCAUGUCAUACUCCAUUGACAAUACUAGUAACGGUACUACUACCGCUGCUGCUUCCGGGGACUAUAAUCCACGAUUUGCACAACAUCUGGUGACCAUGCACGAAGAAGAGGAUGAUGACAAUAUUUACGGUGAAGAUGACGACAAUCUAGAAUACAACAACACUAGCAACGAAGAGUUGAUUAUGCCACCCACCAUGGAUGAUGAGAUGCUUGCUGCGGCACAACUUCGCGCCCGGUCCAAAUCCUCGGCUGCUGCAUUUGAUAUUUGGCAUCCAGCACAUCCUUCUUCCGAAGAUUCUUGGAUGGGUGCCGCCGCUCGUCUGGCAAGUCAACGCAGAUCGUCUGUAGCGCAUGCACCGCCCCCUUCUUCUUUUCACCAUCAUCAUCAUCAUCAACAGCAGCAAUCCCAUUCGUACCACCAUCCACAUCAUCACAACCUCAACCACCAUCAUCAUCAAGCAAGUCUUGGUUCUGUGUAUUCCCCACCUCCACUCCCACCUUCUUCUUCUUCGUACAUGUCGAAUGGCGAUCGUGAACGCUUGGCUAGCUUGCGAAGGUUUUCAUUAUCGCCCAUGCCUGAAAGCAGAAUACAGGGAGGUGUACCAACUGGUGCUGCGCCAGUGUCUUCGACGGAUGCGGAUAGAAAGUGAGUCAGUGGCGGAUCAAAAAAGGGAGAUAAAAAGAGACGACACAUGUUGACUUUGUUCUAUAUAUUAGUGCAUUUGCGUUCCUCAAUCAAAGACGCCAUUCACUGGCCAUGCCUGUCCCACAAAACAGCAAUGUCAGCGUCAAUGAGUUAAUGGAAGGGUUGCAAAGCUUAAGGAUACAAGGAAAUGCCACCCCGCCUUCUUCAUAUCCAUCUGCUGCUGCAGUAGCGGCAGCGGCGGCGGCGGCGGCAGCAGCAUCA